UGUCCAUGAUGUGACAUACUGACAUGUGAGGCGUUUGAGACGUUGUUGUGUUUGUGACUCAUACGGGUGUGGUACAUUCUCAAGAAAACAGUGAACAUUCUCUCUAUUCUUAUUUAAUUUUUAGUCUUCAUAAUUUUGAAAUUAUAUUAUCGAGUUACUAGCAGUUUACAGACAUGGAGGAGGAAAUCGCCCAGCCACCUCAAUGGAUGUUAAAUCUUGAGAACAAGCUAAAAAAACCACACCGAUUGGCGCAUGAAAUAGGUGCUGGAUCCCCUUGCAUCAAAUGUGUUGAUUCUUGUCCUGGGCUUGAUCUACAUUAUUGGAGAAAGUUAUGCCGUAACUGCAAGUGCAAGCGAGAAGAUCACGAUCUUGCAGAUGAUGCUGGCUCCUUGCAGUUUGAUAUUCUAUUAUCCAAGACAAGUAAUGCAGCUGGUAAACUUCGCCGUAAAAAGACUGUUUUGGAUUUGGAUGGGUCUUCAGAUAACAAAAGCCGGUCUGAAGUCAAACAAGGAGUCACUAUGGAUUGGGUUCCACCUGGAGUAUCUGUUGAUUUGGCAGCCGAAUACAUGAAAAAACUUCCUUCGGCUAAAGUGCCGAUUUGCGGAUCAGCUGGUGCAUUGUACCGACGUCAGCAAUUCGAGAGGCAGCUUCCCGUCCACGAUCUGGCGCCCGGCCUCUGCCAUCAGCUCACUCCACACGAAAUUGACGAGUUGAAUAAAUAUCUCUCCAAUAUCAAAACUGAUGUUGUGGGUCAAGGAAAAGUUGAGAAAUUUUCUAUUAUAACUCAUCAUCCUUCGGUAUACUCGACUCCACUGAACAAUCAAUCUGAUGAAAAUAUUGUUCAAGACUUGAAAAAGCCAUACCAGUUUGAUGUGAAGAAUGCCAACUCCAUUCCGAAGCCAUUCGUACCUUAUGCAGGCACACAAACGCCAUCCAACACCAACGCAUCUCCGGCUGGUCUGUCUUUGAAAGACCCCAUUCAUUUGAAAACACCCAGCUCGUUCCUCAACAAUAAUAAAUUCGUCAAAAAUCUGCAUUCAAAUAUCAACCGGGGGGUAGACGAUGCUCCACUUAUAGAAGGUAAAGAUAAUGCUUCGUUGUCCAACAAUAAUGACGAGUCGCGUAGUAUCGAGACAAGUAACGAAUCAGCAGGUCAGCAGCCGAACUCGGACUUCCUGCUUCCACCUUACAAGGGAACACAGGCAGCGGUCAGAUCUCCGGCCAAAUACCUGCAGCAUUCCGAAGUCCAACGCGCGGCUGAGUCGUACUGCGUUCCAAGGCCACUGCACCAGCUCAAGCCAAACCAGUUAAAUCAGUUCAACAAUCUGAAAAUUGACGAUGCGGUUUGCAGUCCGGUUGCAAUCAGCGACGGCGACAACCUGGUUCCAACGAGUGAUCUCAACAUCGAGCAACACAUCAAACUCAAUUGUCAUACUUGUCACGUGGAGAUAGUUGAGGGCGAAGUGGUUGUUUCUGCUGAAAGAGCGGGCAAUGCUGUCUAUUGGCAUCCUCAGUGUUUUGUCUGUGCCACUUGUAAGGAGCUAUUGGUCGACUUGGUCUAUUUCUAUUACAAAGACGAUGUAUACUGCGGCAGACAUUAUGCUGAAAAAGUGAGCAUGCUCAGAUGCUUUGCUUGUGAUGAGUUAAUUUUCGUGAAGGAAUACACAAUGGCUGAGGGCAAGCAAUUUCAUAUUCGACAUUUUUGCUGCUUUCAUUGUGAUACGCCUCUGGCUGGAAAAGAAUACAUUCCAAUGGAUAAUCAUCCGGUGUGCCUUGAUUGCUACAGAACAAAAUUUUCCAAGGUGUGUCAGACAUGUGAAAAUAUAAUUGAGCCUGUCGACAAAAGAGUGACAAUAAAAGAUCUGCAUUGGCACGCGGUUGAUGCCUGUUUUUGCUGUCAAUUCUGCAAGAAGCCGCUUGCCAACUCCAAAAUGGUCAUCGAUUCGAAAAAGCCGUUCUGUAAUAAACAGUGCGCUCUGUCCAAAUAGAAAUGAGAAGUUGAAUUAUGGCCUAACCUGACCAAUUCAGAAUUACAUUCAGUGAAAUUGUGAAACCAAUCUCUGCGAAAACUCAUAUGCUGAGAGGCUCCACUAUCAGAUAACCAGGUAUUAUUUGAAUCUAAAUUCAUUAAAUGAGUGUGAACAUUAUCAAAAACUACAUUAAAAGCUUGAUGAUUUGUUUUAGUUUUAUCAGAAUCUUUCUUGUUAGAAUCUCUUUGUUUCUUAAAACAGUUUCGUGAAAUGAGACCAACUAGUCCACAGUAAUGGCAUUUAAAGUUUUUAUGAGGAUUACUACUACUCUGUUGCUUGUUCUUAUAGUUAAAUUUGUUACCUUUAUUUCGUUUAUUAAAAGGAUACUUUUGAUGAACGCUUGUAGUGAAUGCACCAGCAACCUCUUCUGUAGUUGAAUUUCUGCUUUCUUCUUUGAUGAGUCGUUCGGUUGAAUAUUGAAUUGCCUGUUUGUUCUUUUUUAGUCCAUGCAGUUAAAUCAGCUCCCUCAGAUGCAGGCUUUGUACUGAUGCCACUUACAAUUUCCAGCAGUCCAUUGGCAACAAAAAUAUUUUUCAUUUGGAAUUUCCAAAGCUGGAAAUUUUCACCAUCAAAUUUAUUGAUAUUAUGAAAGUCAGCUUCAGCCAUUGUAACUUCAGAACGAAACUUAAGUUAAAGUUGUACACUUUACUUACCUCAAAAAAAAAAGCAUGAGUCAAAGUCCAAAUCAGGUAGAUAGAAUCAAAAUUAAUCAGUAGUCAAAUCAAGUAGUUCAAAGCAGGAACGGUAAUUCAGGUUAUCAAAGUUGUAUUGAAGAAGCAAAGAGUUCAUCAUAUUCAUCAGACUUUUAGUCACAAUAAAAACUCACGGUCACAGCACAGAGACGGAGUCAAUCAGAACAUAGAACCAAUAGCCGACUGGGCCUAUAACCUACAGGGUCCGGCAAAAAACCUCCCUGAUUUCAAUAGGCAUUUGCAAAAAGAAUAAGAAACAUACAGAACAAUUACUUAUAUUUGUGAAUAGCCUAUAUGAUGCCAUUUGACAUCAUUUAGUACACUUUAUUUGGUUUUGAACAUUAUGUCCGAUAAAUGAUGUCACCCAUUGUUAAGACAUUCAUGAAGUCUUUCCCUGAAGUUGUCUAUAGUUCUUCCUGUAACUUCCCUUGGAAUGGCUGCCACUUCCUGCCUAAUGGCAUGUUUUAGUUAUUACAGAGUUCUGGGGCGAUGUUUGUACACUUCAGCCUUUAGGUAGCCCCACAGAAAGAAAUCACAAGGUGACCUUGGAGGCCAGGAAAUGUCUCCUCUUGAAGAAACAAGACGUCCAGGGAACAACUCUCUUAACAUUUCCAUGGACCGCCGAGCUGUGUGAGCUGUGGCUCCGUCCUGUUGGAACCAAACUUCUUCUUCCUCAUGGUCUAAAACAAACUGGUUGAUCUUGGGUCAGAAAAAUGUCUCUAUCAUGUGACAAUAGUGAUCAGCAUUGACCGUUACUGUUUGUCCUUCUUC